CACGGUAGCAGGGAAGGACCUUCGGUUGCUUUGGGCUCUCCGUCCGCUGAGGGUGCUGACUGAAGACCGUUCCGUGGGCGACGCCGUCGCAAUGACCAUUUGUCAGUUCUUCCUUCAAGGCCGGUGCCGCUUUGGAGACCGGUGCUGGAACGAACAUCCCGGCGCCGGGGGUGCGGGCGGAGGACGGCAGCAACAGCCCUCAGGUAGUAACAGACGUGGAUGGAAUACCACCAGCCAAAGAUAUUCCAGCGUUAUCCAGCCAUCCAGCUUCUCCAAAUCAACACCAUGGGGGGGCAGCAGAGAUCAAGAAAAGUCAUCUUUCAGUUCCUUCGAUUCUGGAGCUUCAACUAGCAGGAACAGAGGGUUUGGAUUGUCCCAGAAUCCAUUUGCUUCACCCAGCUCUGAUGGGCAGAAAGAUGAUAAGAAACUUCUGGAAGGAAUUAUAAAAGAUAUGGAAAUUUGGGAAUCAUCAGGGCAGUGGAUGUUUUCUGUUUAUUCGCCAAUGAAAAAGAAACCUAAUAUUUCAGGUAAUUGAGAAAUUGUAUGUUUUUAAAAUAUGUUUUAUAACUCUU